UCGACCGACUCCGCUUCGGAUCUUCCUCUAGCUUCUCCAUAGCUGCUUUAGUUCAGUUCCUUUACAGCUUGUUCUCUUCCCCUCAGCGCAGUCUUCGCCGGAUAGAGUCUCCUCCCCUCUAUUCUCAUCUCAAGGCGUAGCGGUAACUUAGAGAAACGAAUCAUAUUUUUAAGGUUUUCAAGCACCGGAGCUCCGCAAAACCGACACCAUGAAGCUUAUGAGACACUUAGUAUUCGCCGCCCUGCUCGGCCUCAGCCUCGCCAGCAGCCUCUCUUAUCUCCCACCAACCAACGGGUUUAACGGCAACGGCGCCAACGGAAACGGAAUUAAUGGAAAUGGCGUCAACGGCAAUGGCGUCAACGGCAAUGGUUACACCAAUGGUAACGGCGUUAACGGCAACGGAGUUAACGGCAACGGUUACACCAACGGCGUUAACGGCAACGGCGUCAACGGCAACGGUUUUACUAAUGGAAACGGAGUGAAUGGCAACGGUUACACCAACGGAGUUAACGGUAACGGUUAUGCUAAUGGCAUCAACGGCAAUGGAGUGAACGGUAAUGGUUACACUAACGGCAACGGCGCUGUCAACGGCAACGGUUACACCAAUGGCAACGGUGCUGUCAACGGAAACGGUUACACCAACGGCAACGGCGCUGUCAACGGCAAUGGCGCUGUGAACGGCAACGGUUACACCAACGGCAAUGGCGCUGUGAACGGCAACGGUUAUACCAACGGCAACGGCGCUGUGAACGGCAACGGUUAUACCAAUGGCAACGGCGCUGUGAAUGGCAACGGUUACACCAAUGGCAACGGCGCUGUCAACGGCAACGGUUACACCAACGGCAACGGCGCUGUCAACGGCAAUGGCAAUGGUUACACCAACGGCAACGGCGCUGUCAACGGCAAUGGCAAUGGUUACACCAACGGCAACGGCGCUGUCAACGGCAAUGGUGCUGUCAACGGUAACGGUUACACCAACGGUAAUGGUGCUGUCAACGGCAAUGGUUACACCAACGGCAACGGUGCUGUGAACGGCAACGGCUACACCAACGGAGUCAACGGCAACGGCAAUGGUUACAGCAAUGGCAACGGCGCUGUGAACGGCAAUGGUUACACCAACGGCAACGGUGCUGUGAACGGCAACGGCUACACCAAUGGCAUCAACGGCAACGGUGCUGUUAACGGUUACGGCGUGGACCCCAUCACCGCCCUCAGCAGUGCCAUCGGCGGCGGCGGCGUGGCUGGCGUCGACUACCCCAUCCUUGCCUCCGUGCCUGUCACCGCCUUCACUUGCGCUGGUCAGCUUCCCGGAUACUACGCCGACACCGCCCCUGAGGCUGGCUGCCAGGUGUUCCACAUCUGCCAAGCUGACGGCCGCCAGGACUCCUUCCUCUGCCCCAACGGCACCGUGUUCAACCAGCAGUACUUCGUGUGUGACUGGUGGUACAACUUCGACUGCUCCACCGCCACUCAGUUCUACGGCCUCAACGCCAACAUCGGAGUCGUCAACGGCGCCAACGGAUAUACUAACGGUGUUAACGGAAUUCUCAAUGGUAACGGACUCAAUGGUAAUGGCUAUGCCAACGGCAACGGAGUGAAUGGAAACGGCUACACCAACGGCAACGGUGUCAACGGAAACGGCUAUACUAAUGGCGGCAACGGCAAUGGAGUGAACGGCAACGGCUACACCAACGGUAACGGAGUGAAUGGAAAUGGCUACACCAACGGCAACGGAGUGAAUGGUAACGGUUACACCAACGGCAACGGCGCUGUCAACGGUAACGGCAAUGGUUACACCAACGGCAAUGGCGCUGUCAACGGCAACGGCUACACCAACGGAGUCAAUGGUAACGGCAACGGCGCUAUCAACGGCAACGGCUACACCAACGGUAAUGGCGCUGUGAACGGCAACGGUUACACCAACGGAGUCAACGGCAACGGUAACGGUUACACCAACGGCAACGGCGCUGUCAACGGCAAUGGCUACACCAACGGCAACGGAGCUAACGGCAACGGCUACACCAACGGCAACGGCGCUGUCAACGGCAACGGCGCUGUUAACGGCAACGGCUACACCAACGGCAACGGCGCUGUCAACGGCAACGGCUAUACCAACGGCAACGGCGCUAACGGCAACGGCUACACCAACGGCAACGGCGCUGUCAACGGCAACGGCGCUGUCAACGGCAACGGCUAUACCAACGGCAACGGCGCUGUCAACGGCAACGGCUAUACCAACGGCAACGGCGCUGUCAACGGCAACGGCGCUGUCAACGGCAACGGCUAUACCAACGGCAACGGUGCUGUCAACGGCAACGGCGCUAUCAAUGGCAACGGUUAUACCAACGGCAACGGCGCUGUCAACGAUACACCAACGGGCAACGGCGCUGUCAACGGUAACGGUUACACCAACGGAGUCAACGGCAACGGCGCUGUCAACGGUAACGGUUACACCAACGGAGUCAACGGCAACGGUGCUGUCAACGGCAACGGCCUAAGCAUUCCCGUUCCCUCCUCACCAUCAGGACUCUACCAAACACCGGUUUAGUAGACACGUUCCCCUUACUUCUUCUCUUCCUCCACCUACUUCGCCCAGCUCCUCCUCCUUCCCUCUUAUCUCCCCCAUGCCCUCCUCUUCCUCCUCCUUUACAGUACCAAGCACCAGUCUUACAAAUGUUAUCUUGAUCCAUUUCAUCCGCAGCUUAAUGAAAUGGUGACCCACCCUCUCUCUCUCUUCGACACUCCGCGCCCUGCCGCCAGAGGGCCAGAAAGAAGCCAUAGUAUUUAGCGUACCUGUGUGAGCUCCGCGUGCGUGGUUCGUGUACUUGGUCACACACACACACACACACACACACUCACACAAACACUUGCUUUCACAUUUAUGUAAUAUCAGUAAAGUAUUCAUUAUUUCAAAAUACUACUAUUGUUCUAAACUACUACUACUACUAUUACUACUACUACUACUACUACUACUACUACUACUACUACUACUACUACUACUACUACUAUUAAUACUCUUAGCGCUUCAUUUUCCCAAACCAUAUUAUUUAUAUUAACGCAAAAGUUUUCUUAGCCCUUCAAUCUUCUGCGGCGAGUGAAAGCUCCUGCUGCCCCCAGUGCCACAACACCCGUCACGAUGCACGAGUGACCCAACACGGACCUAGAGUAGUGUGACUUGAGUAGCUUUUAUUUAUGUAUUGCCAAAUGAAAAGAAGAAAAAAUAAAAUACGUAACUAAUA